ACUCUUGCUGCACUCCUCUCUUGAACCUUUUUGCUGCUCCCUGCCGGCCCUUUGCUGCUCCUCGCUGACCCUUCUUGGCCUGCUGCCGCUGCCCCCUCUUGCUCCCCUCCUGCACCUUCUACCCUGCUGCCGUUGCCCCUAGUACUGCAGUCUCUCCUUCCCCUGCUGGUGACCCUAACCCUAGGGCCGGCCGCCGCGCCUGCCGGUUACCCUAACCCUAGGGCCGGCCGCCGCCGCCGCCGGGGAGAUGAGUGGGAGAGAGGGAUGGAACGGGACAGAGGAAGGGAGCGAGAGAGAGGGACUCACCGGGGCCGCCGCCGUCGAGUACCACCCGGGCCGCCGCCGCCGACCAGUAGCGCCAGAGCCUCGCGUGCGACAGAGGGGAUGAGAUCGAGCGAGCACUCCUCUGUUCCUAGUCAAUUGAGAGGUAAGGGUAAGUUUGUCUUUUGUUGUGGGACCCGUCUGACAAAGGGCAAAAUAUCAAACACCCAGAUAAAGAGUGUCACCAGAUCAAAUGCAAAGUAAAGAGUGACAAAUAGUCAAUGUACCAAGUAAGGGGUGGCAAAUAAUCAAAUUCCCCUCAAUAAACCUACAUCUAUGGCCACCUCCACCCGAUCACCGCUCCCGCCGGCCGACCCCGAGAAGGAGAAGCCGCUCGCCCGCUCCGCACCGGCGACCGCUCCUGCGGACCUCGCGAACCCAGAGAAGAAGAUGCGCCGCCCUGUGCCGAUGACGGACGAGGAGCGGAAGAGGAUCAAGGACCUGAAGGAGCAGCACCGGUCAGGGAUGGAGGGGUUACGAGAGUACUUCCAGAUACACAAGGAGCUGCGGCACCACCACGACGAGCUUCUGUUCCGGCGGAGGUGCCUGGCCGCACGUCUGGUCAGCCGAAUCGCCUUCCAGCGCCAUGAUGCUGCCUACAUCAAGCAUCAGCGUGACCUUGGCUUGAAGCUGGGGGAUAAGUUGCCGGAGGAGCUCAAGAAGAUUGGGCCACCAAUGGGGGCGGCGCUCGUAAUGUGGGCUGAGAUGUGCAGGGCCCUGAACAUAGGCAUGGAUAACUACAUUACUGAGUGCGACAAUCCGGAGGCGUUCCGGGGGAGGAUGAGGUCGUUGGGGCUCAUUCGUGAUGAGAAGGGAGCUCCGCAGGAUUGUGUUGCCCCCCAAGAGUAGGAAUUGAGCAUGUUUGCUUGGUGUGGAUUAAGUCUGUUUGCUUGGUGUGGAUUAGUGCUUGUUUAAUCCUCGGAACGAAAUGUGUUGGGGAUGGGUUCUUGUUUAAUCCUAUUGUGCUCAGGAUGAUUUCUUUGUAGCGGGACUGCUUCAUCAAACUAAGUGGAGUAGUCUUUUGGUUUUGAAAUUUAUGAUCAUGUUGUGCGCUAAUUGUUUUGAUCUGGUUACGAGUAUGCAAUUUUUUGCCUAGUAAA